AAACAAUAUUAAUAUUAAUUAAGUAUUAAAUAACCUUCCAAAAACUUACCUUUGUAGCCUCCGAACAUUGUCCAUAAUGUCCGUCCAUAACCUUAUCCGUUUAAGCUCCGCAGAGAUGGAGUGCAUCUUAGAAUGUCCCAGUAUAAGAGUAACAGCAUAUGAGUCACUUGCAAUUUAAUAAUCGGUACAACAAACUUCUCUUGUUGAUACAUUUUCCAGGUAUAAACAUAACCCCAAUUUAUUUCUGUCAUCUUUAUCCAAAUAUUUUGUCUGUGGUUAUACCUAUCUAACCUUAUAUACACCAGAGAGAGAUAGCUAAUUUAAAACCAUUUAGAUUUAGAAAAUCCCUAAACAGUCAUCUCCCCUCCAUUGGCCCAAAAAUUCGCGGGUUUUGAAGAAUUUAUGAGUUUUUUGGGUAGUAAUUCUGUGUGAAGAGGCACCAUUUUGAUUUGGCAGUUUGAAGCCGUUUAAAAGCUAUUUUGCUGAUUUACACUCACGAUUUCUGCACUAUAACUUUUGUAAUAAAGUCAAUUAAGUAUUGCAUACAGUAGCUUCUGGAUUCUGCAAAGUGCUAGUGCAAUAGUUAUCGUCAACCUCCUCCCGGAAAGAUCACUUCGUUGGCCACACACCAUCACUUGGUAAGCUCAAAUUUCUCUAAUAUCACAUACAUCUCAUCAUUUACUUUAAAUCUAAACUAUUUCUGCAAGAUUGCAAGUGCUGCGCUCUUAUACGUUAACUUAUCCGUUCCUCCUCCUUUUAGGCCAAAUACUUUUACGUCAGAAAGUUUCACGUUACUAAACUGUUACGUUGUGCACUUCUCUACAACGUACAGAACCUCGGGAAGUACAUAACACCUGUACUUGGCACCAUCCUUGUACGAGCCAAAGCCCAUAUACACAUAUGGUUAGGGACCUUCUCCGUUUCCUUGUAUACACGGUGGAGUACAACAUCCAGACAUUCCCUGCUUCCUGGUACCACCUCAGGACUGGGGACUAGGCAUCGAAGGAAUUUCGUACAGUCACUCGUCCGAGUUGACUGCCAGGCAACGUAGUUCGCCAUGAAAAUCCUCCUGGCGAAGCUCCCGCGCCCCUGGAUCGUGGAUGAAAAGAAAGACGAUGGCUACACCGCCCUCCACUUAGCCGCGCUCAACAACCACGUCGAAGUAGCCGAACAGUUGGUCCUCCAAGGAAAAGCCAACAUGGACCUGCAGAAUGUGAACCUGCAGACCGCCCUGCACCUGGCUGUCGAACGUCAACACACUCAAAUUGUCAGGCUUUUGGUUCGAGAAGGGGCUAACCUGAACAUAGCCGAUAAAGACGGCGACACGCCCCUCCACGAGGCGUUACGUCACCACACCCUCUCGCAGCUACGCCAACUGCAAGACGUCCAGGAUGUCGGCAAGCUGCUCAUGGGCUUGGGAACCCAGGGCUCCGAUAAGAAAUCAUCGGCCAGCAUCGCUUGCUUUCUGGCAGGGAACGGGGCCGAUCUUGCGAUCAAGAACAAGAAGGGCCAAACACCCCUGGACCUCUGUCCCGAUCCCAACCUGUGCAAGACACUCACCAAGUGCCACAAGGACAAGCAGAGCGGAGAGAUGGAGAUGGGGCCCAACCAGAAUACUCAAAACUCGAAUAUCAAUUCCACGCUAGACGAAUGUCUGGUUUGUUCGGACGCCAAGAGAGACAUGCUGUUCCAGCCCUGUGGUCACGUGACCUGCUGCUCUGCCUGCGGCCCAAGGGUUAAGAAAUGCCUUAUAUGCAGGGAGUCUGUUGCUACCAGAAUUAAGAUCGAGGAAUGCCUUGUCUGUUCCGACAAGAAAUCGGCUGUCCUCUUCAAGCCCUGCGGCCACAUGUGCGCCUGCGAGAGCUGCUCCCAGAUCAUGAAGAAGUGCGUGAUGUGCCGCGCCCAGAUCGAGCUGAUGGUCCCGAUGACGGUUUGCGCCGGAGGACUGGGCAUCAUCUCAGAAGUUAAAGCCGAUGUCGAGGAGGAAGUCAAGCCCUCUACCAGCGAGGCUCCUGUUCCUCAAGGACCUUUGAUGAACAAUGGAGGUCGGGACACCACCAACACCAACGACAUCCAGAAGUUGCAGCAGCAGCUGCAGGACAUCAAGGAACAGACCAUGUGCCCCGUUUGCUUGGACCGUCUGAAAAACAUGAUCUUCCUAUGCGGACACGGCUUGUGUCAGAUGUGCGGAGAUCAGAUGACGGAAUGUCCAAUUUGCAGGAAGGCCGUAGAGAAAAGGAUCUUACUGUACUAGAUGGAGUUGAUUAAAUUAUAACUUGAAUCGUAGUCUAUAGAAAAUCAAAUACAUAAUACGUUACUUGUAACGUAACGUCAUGUUAUGUAGUGUUUAUGUCGUAAGUUCAUUUCAUACUGUUCGUGUGCAGCAUGCGUUAUAUUUGAUGUUAAAAAUACACGUAGAGGUAGGAUACGUUUGGAUAAUUCAUAGAACCAGUGUAUAAUAUUUUAUAUGGCGUAACGUGAUUGUAUUUUCACUUUUAUAUAUCUUUGAACAUCACUGUGAGGAUAAUUAUAUUCAAAUAAUAAUUUAAAAUUAUUUUCUUAUAAUUUAGAAUAUUUGUACACUGUUGACAGUGGUUUUAUGAUUUAAAAAAAAAAAUAAGUAUAAAGAUUUGGAAUUGUUAAUUUUAAGGUCCUUGUAUAUCUUGUUGGGCAUUGUUUUACAUUAUUAAACUGUGUAAAAUAAAAAAGAAUAUAUACACGUACAUUGAUUAGUUAAUUCCGAUUUCCAACUUUUACGUUGUUGGCUGUUUGUUGCUUCUAGAUUUCAACAAUAUUUCGUUAUUACAAAGAACAUUCUUCUGCUAGAUACUGUUCACAUGCUUUUUAUAUAAAUGUUCUGUUGUAAACUACACUUUAAAUCGCUCGCAAUUCGAACUUUAGCAAUUUUUUUUAUUAGGUAAAUUAGAACAAUUUUAUUUGUUAUCUAUUUUCUCAUUAAUGCAUUAGUUUUUAAGUAUACCUAAAAUCGGACUUAAUUUAUAAAUUUGGAUUUUAUUUUUCUCAAUUCCUGUCCUAAAUGUAUAUCCAUGUAGAAUUAAAAAUAUUCUACAGGGAAGAAAAUUGAAUAUGAUAAUCAUUUCCAUAUAAAUUAAUUUGUUUAGUGAAAUA